AUGUUAACGCCAGUAUUUCACAUUGAUCAAACGCCAGAAUGGAUUAUCAUCCAAAUUUAUGCACCCUACGCUAAUGUGAAAGAUACUGAGGCAGAAUAUUGUGACUUACAAUUCUUUUUCACUUCGAAGCCAUAUUUCUUAAAGUUAUAUUUACCUGGUGAAUUAGCUGAAGAAGAUAUUACCGGCACAUAUGACUGCGAUAAAGGAUCGUUUACAUUCAAAGCUCGGAAGAAAAAUAUUGAUGAAUUCUUUCCUAAUUUAGAUUUAGUGAAUCAGUUACUAAAACCAUCAGAUAUCCAUGCAAAACGGUUGAUAGAAGAAAUUGAUGAAGAUAUUUUUGACAGUGUCUCUUUUGAACAAGAAAAUUCCCAAACACUGAAUGGUAGCAUGGUUGACGAUUUUAUGGACGAAAAAUGUAAACUCUACGGUUACGGCUUUGCUUGCAAUCGUCGCGGUAUUAUUGGAAAAUUUAGCGCAGAAAUCAACAACCUUUUCGAUUUGGAUGAUCCUGAAAAUUCACUAAUUGACGAAAGGCUUAUGGAUUGUUUAAGGCAUGAUCAGUCGAAGUUCAAUGCCGAUCAUUAUAUUGCUGAUCAGUUUGAGAAGAAUCCUUUAUUGGAUGAAUGUUUGCAGUUUGAAUAUCCUGAAACGACGUUUGACUUAUCUUUCAAAAGUCGUGAUCAUUUGAAAGAUUUGCCCAGAAAACUAUUUCCCAAAUACUCGUCUGAUUUAGAAAAAACAAUUGCGUUAUCUCUGAUAGAUAUUAUUUUUGCUUAUUUAUAUGAUAUGAGGACUACAUGCGGCGAGCAUUCCUCUGAAUCUGGUUGGACGAUUACAAAGUUGAGUCCUAGUCUCAGUUAUUUGGUCAGAUGGAAGACAGUGAAGGAAUCUAUACUAGGUGCUGUAAGAAGAUCGUUGUGUUUUCCUCUUUAUCGGCACUGGGAUUUAUCUAUGAAAAUAUUAGACGAUUUGAAAUUUCUCCUCAGCAAAGGGAGGGUGACGUUGUUACAGUGUCUUGUCGAUGUGCAUAUGAUUUUAUCAACAAGUGGUGACUAUCGUUAUCUGUUGAAUGACUUAUUUAUAACUGAUUAUUGUUUAUGGAUUCAAUGUGCCUCAGACAAUGUUGUAUCAUGGUUACAGUGCGAGUUGAAUCGUUUAAUUUUGAAAAAAAGUGAUGUCCAGUUAGAUCUGGAAGAAGUGGAGCUGGAAGCAAAGUUACUGACUUUGCACAUAGAUGCUGGAAAUUGCGAUUCUGAGGAUUCAGAUGAUGGUUCUUCCGAGGUUUUAAAGAUAUUAAAAUUGAUUUUAAUGUCAACAAGUCGUGUUGCUGUUUACGGUGGUCGAGGAGGACUUGGUUCAGUAAUAGUUGAUUAUUUUAAAAAUAAAAAUUUUUGGAUAUUAAACAUAGAUGUUUUGAAGAAUGAUAUGGCUGAUGCAAAUGUAGUGGUAAACAAGGAUGCAUCGUGGACAGAACAAGAAAGCUUAAUCCUCAAAUCUAUUGACGAAACACUGCACGGUGAACGUCUGGAUGCAAUAUUAUGUGUAGCAGGUGGUUGGGCCGGCGGUAAUGCCAGUAGUGAAAAUAUGAUUAAAAAUUCGGAAAUUCUAUGGAAGCAAAAUGUGUGGACAUCAACUAUAUCUGCUCGAAUUGCUGCAUUGUAUCUGAAAAAGGACGGCCUUCUUCAAUUUACUGGUGCUGCAUCAGUAUUGAAAGAUACAUCAGGAAUGUUGGGGUAUGGUAUGGCAAAAGCAGCAGUACAUCAGUUAGCCAAAAGUCUUGGCACCAAAAAAUCUGGAAUACCUGAUGCAUGUACCGCUGUUGCUCUUUUGCCAACAAUGCUAGAUACUGCACAGAAUCGUAAAUGGAUGCCAAAAACUAAUACUGAUUCAUGGACGUCACUUAAUUACAUAGCAGAACUACUGCAUGAAUGGACUUUAAAUCCAUCAUUACGGCCUCCAAGCGGUUCACUGGUCGAAAUAAUUACACAGAACAAGCAAAAUGAAUUGAAGAUACACUGA